ACUCUUAAUUUCCUCAUGCUUAGUAAUAUUCUGGUAGAUAUUUAUAAACUAUUGAUGUAAACAUUCCAUUGUUGGACUGUACCUUUGCAGGUAGGAGAACAGGUGGGUGAGAUAUUAUUGGUAAACCUCUCCUCAGAUUAUGUCAGAGGCUUAGUGAUGAAGAGGUUUAUCAUGAUGAUGUCUGUGUUAGUCAUUUACUCCAGACACAUGUCAGUUUGUCAGAGUGCUGCGGACCAAAAAGAAAACCCAGGUUAUUUGUCGUCUGAUGAUGAACAUGCUGGAGGAUGUUCCGUUUCAGACCAUGCUGGGUCCACUGGAGGAGGAAGUGCGGACGGUGACAGCUCCAGAUAUCAACACACCAGACUGCCACCAAAUACUGAGAGAAACUGAGUAUCGAUUCAACCUGGAGAAAUGGAUUUUAACUGGUCAGCAGCCAGUUGGCCCAACCGCCUCCUGUCCGCCUUUCUGGCUGAUGUUCAGCAGCCCUCAGGAGAGUAGCAGGGCCAAUUGCAGGUGCACUGAACCGUGGCCCCCGAGACUACGGCCCCGCAGCCACAGCCUGAACUCCGCAGAGGCCCGCUCCUUGCACCAUCGCACCGUCAAGUUCCUCGUGUCCGACUCAGAGGAUGAAGACGGUUACUUUGAGGAUAACGAGGCCUCCUCUGCCGAAGACGCACGCCACCCCAUCAAGAACAGGGUGCGACCCUGGAGCGCUGCACCCAAAGACCCGGUCUCCAGAGUCAGAGACAUGCACCAUGGCCCUCCCGCUCACCACUGUAAGCCUAACUCUCCUCAGAGCCUCAGACGCCAUAGAGGCUCUUCCCCUUCCCCCCAAGACUGCAAGCAAUCUCUGCGAGCACCGGAGAAGCAGAGGUCACAGCAGGUCAGCCCGUUACUCCACGGCCAGAAGAACGUCAAGAGGAGGCAGCGCUCACUGGGCCCUGUGGGCAGAAGGUACUCCAACACACCAGCCGCCGGAGCUUCUCCACCCAGAGUGCAGCAGCAACGACCCUCCUCUGCCGGGCCUCUCGUCAGAAACAGACAGAAGGCCCUGAGCACCGGUGGCUCUCGUGGGGUUUUCUUUGACACAGCAGCAGAGUUGUUGUCAGCUCUCAGCCAGGAGGAGAGGGAGCUACUUGAGACCGUCACGGAGAGGGGCUACCCGUUACGCACAGCCAUUCUGGCUCUGCAGAAGACUGGCCAUCGCAGCCCAGAGAAGAUCCUAAAAUACUUGGUUGCCAGUGAGCAUCUGUGUGACCUGGGCUAUGAUGAAGCGCAGGUGGAGGAGGCCCUGGAGAUGUUUCAGAACUGUGAGAGCAAGGCUGCUGAGUUCCUGCGGCUCCUGACUCAGUUUAAUGAGAUGGGCUUCCAGCAAAGUGCAAUCAAGGAAGUGCUGCUUGUUCAUGAAAAUCACCGUGAAAGGGCUCUGGAAGAACUCAUGACAGGCAUGGCUUAAAACUAACCUUCUCCCCUAAUGUUUACUCUCACGUGUACAGUAGGUGAAACGGUCCCAGAUUUUACAUAGUAGCUGUGCAAGUCAACCAUAUAGGGGCUAGUAGGAAAACUGUUCAGGUAUAACUCCUAAUUAGACAAGAAAACAAACAGUUAGUGAGGAUGAACGUUUUUUUUUACGUUUAUUUACAGGUCGAUUAAAAAAUGCAAUCAAUGUCGAGCUUUUGAGGAACAGAUUUAGCUGUCAUUCCAGCUGGAGGAAGAAAAUCUUAAUGUGCUGGCUUACUGCUACGAUACUAAAGGUAGUGCUCUAGAUAUGGUGAAUAACAUUGGAUUUAAAAAGGGUGUAACCCUCAAAGAAAAAUGAUCAAAAGGCCAAAAUAGCCUUGGUACAAACAUCGUUAAAAUCUACACAAAAAUAUAUACAGCAGAGAACACUGCUGCAGCAGUUAGCAUGAAAUAUAGUCUCAUGAGAACAGGAUGAGGAGAUUUAAAAACGUUCACAUAGAUAAAAAUAUUUACAAAUUUUCUAAGAAUUUUACAUUUCAGUUCCCUGUUGUCCAGUAUAUAUAUAUAUAAAAAACUAAAACAAAUACCAAACUACUGCUGAGCUGGAUGACUCCCGGUGGUGACGCAGCUCCUGUGAUCCCUCAGUGGAGACUGGCGGUGGAGUUCAGCAGUCCCGACUUCACGUUGGAUUUAGAAGCCUUCGAGAGGUCUUUCUGUACAGACACAUGGACAAUUACUAUCAGUCAGUAGCUGUGUCUAUAGUGAAUAUAGUUAUCAAAAUGUUCAAACACAAUUAAUCUAAUGUUAAUAAGGCAUUGUUAGCUUAUGAUGUGGUAAUAAUUAAUGCGAUGAUGUCCAGAUUUCACACUGUGGUAGAAACUGUGGCCCAAGGAUCACCUUAAUCCUUCUGUACUUGUUUUUGAUGCAGAUGAUCUGUAUCUAAUCAGUUUUUUAUUGAAAUAAAUACAGUGCAUUAUGCAGCCUUGG